AUGAAUUAAGAAAUCGAUUUUAUUUAAUGUAAACCAUCUAUUUCAAUUGAUUUUACAAUGCAAGACUUACCUAAAUUCAAAAAUGAACCCAAUAUUGUUGUCUUAUUUGGUUUCCCAUAUGAUGAAGGCACUAUAAGAAAUAAAGGCAGAGCUGGAGGAGAAAAUGGAUAUGAAUAAAUUAUGCUAGUGUUAAAAUAAAAACUUAAAGAAUGUAAUAUAUAAUAAAAAGUAAUACAUGUUGGGUAUGUACCUAAGUAAUUAACAUUAGAGGAUGCACAUGAAUAUCUUUAUUAACAUAUUGCUGAAAUUUAUUAUUAAUUGCCUUAAGCGAAAGUGAUUGUAAUUGGUGGUAGCAAUGAUCAAAGCUAUCCAAAUUUUAAAGGAUUAGUUGAUGGAAUGUAAUGCAAAAAAUUAGGUGUUAUUAACAUAGAUUCUCAUUUAGAUGUUAGACCAUUGAUUAAUUAAAAUUAAUCUCAUUCAGGAUCUCCAUUCAGAAAUAUGCUUGAAGAUGUAGAACGCUUUUAGAAUAGUAAAUUUGUGGAAUUUGCUAUUAAAGGUUGCACUUGCUCAUAUGAUCAUUACUAAUAUGUAUUAAAUAAAGGUGGAAAAGUAUAUUUCAUGGAAAAAGAUAUCAGAAGAUUAAAUGCUGAAAACUAAGGCUUAAGUGCUAUGAAUAAUGUAUUAACAGAAUUUGAGAAUGAUUAAAAUAUUGACUUUAUUUUCUUAUCUUUUGAUGUUGAUUCUAUUAAUAGUGCAUGGUGUCCAGGAGUAUCUGCACCAUCAAUUGUUGGAGGAUUGACUAAUAUUGAAGCUUUAUCUAUUAUGGAAAGAGCAAAGAAAUCAAACAAAAUUAAAUUAAUUGAUUUGAGUGAAUUUAAUCCAGCAGUAGAGUGUGAACGCACUUCUAAUUUGAUUUCUGAAAUGAUAAUUACAUUUAUUUUAUGA